AACGUAUGUGACUAUUCACUAGAGUCUGUAUAAAUCUUACCGUUUUUAACCCACAGUAACAUGCUAAGCACUUUUGUAACGUGGUAAAGGAAAAUAAACUUGGCAGAAAAUGGCGCCGAUUAAGCAAAGUGUGUUAUCUGGUCAUUAACUUCUCAGACGUUUACUUAUUAGCUAAACUAAUAAAAGUAAAGAAACAAUGUGGGCACUGAAACACUUAGCUCUGCUCGCUAGUUAGCCGGUAAACCGAAGACGGAAAUGAUGCCGGGAUUUCUCUCUUGCUCUGACGGCGCUGUUGACCAUUUUUAAAUAUGAUGCUCGCUGAGCUGUUGCAGCCUCUUUGCUAACCAAAGCUGAAAGCAACGGAGCCACUUUUUAAAAAUUAUUUUUGCGACAUAUUUGUAUAAUGUUUACGGGCGUUUGUGGUUGAGUUAUAGUGUUUGUAGUGACUAAUUAACGCGCUGAGGGAACAAAUUGGGGAGUUAAACUGCCAGGAGUAAGCUAGCUCAACUAACUGCUUGACUAGGUAACGUUUACCUUAACGCUUUAGCGGCGUUGUUAACGGCUUGUAACAACACGGGCACUGAAGUAUAAGCUGGUAACGAUGUCUGUGUCUCAGCUCCACCUCUGUGCACGGGGUUCCGCUUGUUAGCUUUCUGUGUCACAGUUUGUUUACUAGCUGACCCUGUUGGACAUGUAGCAUCAGGCGGGCGGAGAGACAGCGGAACCUGGACUGUGAUGAAUGCCGGAAAGCAAGAAAUCAAAGUAAAGAGAGUUUCCUCGAGGAAGAGGCCGAGGGACGGCCUGAAGACUCACCUGACACCUGCCCAGAAGAGAGGCGGAGGCACCUGUCCACAGCCAUGUCCCACAGCCUGGAGGCUCGGCAGCAUCAUGGCUGAUGUACAAGCUGCUGAGUACUGCAGCGACAGUGAGGAUUUAUUUGGGGACUACGACAGCAUCCUGGAGGACAGCUCUCUCCUGGCAAAGCUGGACGACGCAGAACAAGAUGAAAGGCAGCGAGGCCUCCAGCGUUCGGCUCACACCGACUCUGUGGAUCAGCCGGACUUCACGCCUCCGCGGCCAUCGAAGGACGGCGCCUGGAGACCGUCCUGUGAAGAUAUUCUCACGGACUCCAUCUUAGACGGCCUCGGAGACGAACCCUUCGAGGACUUACCGCCCAGCCAGCAUCAGUUUCAGGAACAGGUCAACGAGAAUGCGAAGAGGAGCAGACUGCAGGACGGAGAUAAAACCUCUACACCUUUAAGAAACGCUGACGGGACCUCUGAGGCUGGAAGAGAAAGAAACACGGAGGAUAAAACCAAGAGACAAACCGAGGCGAGGAGGAGCGUGACGGAUCAGCUGAAGAGGACGAUGCUCUGUAACGCAGCCGCUCCCUCUAAUGUUUCACGGACCGUCGUGUUAAAAGAAGCGGUGGUUUCUGAGGAGAUCAGCGUCGCCAUGCAGGCCAUGGAGACCGUGUCUGCUGAGACGACUGACCUCGGGCCGUUCUUUGGACUCCCCACCAAAGUGAAAGACCUGAUGCACAAACUGAGAGGAAUCAAGAAUUUAUAUGAUUGGCAGGAGACGUGUCUGAACCUGGACUGUGUUCAGGAGAGGAAGAAUCUGAUCUACUCUCUUCCCACCAGCGGAGGGAAAACUCUUGUUGCAGAGAUCCUCGUCCUCAGAGAGCUGCUGUGCAGGAAGAAAGACUGUCUGUUCAUCUUACCGUACAUAUCGCUGGUGCAGGAGAAGGUACAUGGGUUAGCGAGCUUUGGCCUGGAGCUGGACUUCAUGGUGGAGGAGUACGCUGGCAGUAAGGGCAAGUUUCCUCCAGUGAAGAGAAGAAACAGCAGAUCACUUUACAUCGCUACGAUAGAGAAAGCCCACAGCCUCGUCAACUCUCUGAUAGAGACCGGCAGGAUAGGUGACCUCGGCCUGGUGGUGGUCGACGAGCUUCACAUGUUGGGUGAUGGCAGCAGAGGGGCUGUUAUUGAAAUGACCCUGUCCAAAGUUCUCUACAUGAGCAAAUCGACUCAGAUUAUUGGGAUGAGCGCCACUCUGGGAAACAUCAAAGACCUGCAGACGUUUCUGAGGGCUGAAAAUUACACGAACGACUUCAGACCUGUCCAGCUCAAGGAGUAUGUUAAACUGAAGGACACGAUCUAUGAAGUGGACCCAAAGGAAGAGGAAUGUUUUAGAUUAUCACGUCCUCUCAACUUUAAGUACUCGAGUGCGAUGCAGAAGAUGGACCCGGAUCACAUCAUUGCUCUGGCGACUGAAGUCAUUCCAACACAUUCCUGCCUGGUGUUCUGCCCCACCAAGAAGAACUGUGAGAACGUCGCAGGGAUGAUCUGCAAAUACCUGAAAGAGGAGUUCCUCCGGCUCCGGGAGGCAGAGAAGGCCGUCCUCCUCAGAGAGCUGAGGGACAGCGGGAACGGCUCGGUGUGUCCGGUGCUCAGGAGGACGGUGCCGUACGGUUUGGCCUAUCACCACAGCGGGCUGACCUCCGAGGAGAGGAAGCUGGUGGAGGAGGCCUACUCCAACGGGGUCCUCUGUCUCCUCACCUGCACCUCCACCCUGGCUGCGGGGAUCAACCUACCUGCCCGCAGAGUGAUCCUGCGCUCACCGUACGUGGCCACAGACUUCCUGAAGAGGAGCCAGUACAAGCAGAUGGUGGGACGGGCCGGCCGAGCGGGCAUCGACACCGUGGGAGAGAGCAUCCUCAUCCUACAGGACAAGGACAGAGAUAUGGCGAAGACACUUGUGUGUGCCCCGAUGGAAAAGUGUUACAGCAACCUGAUGCACGACGACGGGAAGGGCCUCCUGAGCCUCAUCCUGUCGCUCGUUGGAUUAAAUAUCACCACGUCAGCGGAUCAGAUCAGAGACUUCCUGUGUGGGACGCUGCUGUACGUCCAGCGGAGGCAGCUGUGCGUGGAGAAGAGUCUGCGGGAGGUGGUGCGGCAGUGCGUCGACCUCCUGAAGGACAAAGACCUCAUCACCGAGACUGCAGACUCUCACGGUCAAACGCUGCAGGUCACCAAGCUGGGAAAAGCCACUUAUAAAGGCUCAGUGGAUCUGGCCUACAGUGACAUGCUGUACAAGGACCUCUCUAAAGGUCUGGAGGGUCUGCUGCUCAACAGUUGCCUCCACCUGGUCUACCUGGUCACACCGUACGACAUGAUUUCACAGUGCAAGCCCGACUGGAUGAUGUACUUCAGACAGUUCACCCUGCUGUCAGUUGCAGAGCAGAAGAUGUCUGCAGCCGUCGGAGUGCCUGAGAGUUUUGUUGCCAGAAAAGCUGCAGGACAGACGGUGAAAAAGAGCGUGAACGUGGAGGUGGUGAGGAGGAUGUACCUGGCUCUGGUGCUGUUUUCUUUACUGAAGGAGACGAACCUGUGGAGCGUGGCCGACAAGUUCCAGCUGAGCCGAGGCUUCGUUCAGACUCUGCUCAGCUCCUCCUCGGCCUUCUGCUCCUGCGUGCUGCACUUCACAGAGGAGCUGGAGGAGUUCUGGCCGUUCAAAGCCCUGCUGACGGAGCUGACGCGAAGGCUGAGCUACUGCGUGAAGGCUGAGCUCAUCCCCCUGAUGGAGGUGGCUGGAGUCAUGGAGGAUGUGGUCUGUGACAUUCAGCAGGACAAGGACUAAAGAGACUAAAGCCUCCUCAGGGGGGCGCCGGAGAGCUGGAGGGGAGGCAACGACACUGCAGGAGGUGGAUCUGAGUCAAACAGCGCUCUCCUUCUCAGAGUCAUAACUCAGUCGAACACAAAUACCUGAAACUCACAUCGAAUUGUUCGGUGUGACUCACACUUCCAGAGGAGAUCAUCGUCUCUGACGUCCGUCCAGAAUAAAUCUCCAGAAACCAGCUGAGACCCCAGAGAAGAAACCUGCAGAACCUGCCUGAGAAUCCUCCUGUUUCUAAGUUUCCUUCAGUCUCACAGUGAUCCAGAGACAGCUGUCUGUCCGUCCACGGGUCCACUGCAGACAGGAGCUGCUGACUGCUGGUUCGGCUGCUUUAAUGGGACAGUUUGACUACAUGUGAACACAGACAGGCUAACAGACGUGUCUGUAGAGAGAACAGCAGCACCGACCUGCAGCUGACAUCACAUCUGAUGAGCUGUUACAGGGUCUCGCUCUCCUGAUAGCUUUAAUGUUUUCAUGUCGUCAUGUUGGUUCCCAAACAGGCCGAUACGUUGGUGUUAGCAUGUUAGCAUCUAUCUGUUUUUCACAGAAAAAAAGGUCAUUGUGGUUGUAGUUAUUACUGGGGGGGUGAAAAUGACCCACAUGGGAUUAGAUUCACUGACCAGAGCAGGUGAUGUUAAAAUCAGCCCCCUCCCCUGCAGACCUAAAUCCAGUCUGAAUGCACACUGCACUUUAUCUGGCUGGACCUUCAGGGUGAAAUAAUGAUUCUUGUUUGUUGUGAAUCUCCUGAAACGUCCGCAGUGAAAAUCAUUUUCAGAAACGUAUAUGUUUGUUUUUUCCCUCCAGUCGAGAGCGAAGCAGCUGUAUAACGCUGGCUA